AUGUCGGCGUCGCCUUUCCAACAGCAUCUGGGGACCAACUACGUCCCUUCAGCCGCACAGCUACAGGAUAUUAGCGCAUUCGUGAAGCAGUCAGACGCACGACUCGCUGAACUGAAUGCAGAACUCGCAGUCCUCCUAGAGAAACGCGACAAGCUGAAAGAAUCCAUCGAUGGACACAAGGCUUUGCUAUCGAUAACGCGACGUCUCCCCACGGAUAUCAUGCAAAACAUCUUCAACUGGACCCUACCUCCUUUCGCAUUCAACACUACCAUGGACCCCUCUGACUCGCCACUUCUUUUGACCCGCGUUUGUCGAUCGUGGCGCGAGAUCGCAAUCAACCUCCCCCAUUUGUGGUCUGCGAUUCAUAUCCCUAUCCCAGCUUUUCCAACUCACUACUCGCAUGUCCCUGGGUUCAACGGGGAGGACGGGACACUGACGGAGGAGCAGCAGGAGGUGCUUGAUCUCGAGGUGACGAAGUGGAUCUCGAGGAUGGAGCACAGGAAGGCUCUGGUCAAGGCUUGGUUGUCACGUGCCAAAGGAACCAACCUUUCUAUCAGCCUCGUAGUAGGCCGCGGGGAGGACCACGCUACGGAGGCGUACUUCAAAGAAAUGAUUGAUAUUAUCCGCCCGUAUUCGACCCAGUGGCGAAGCCUCUUCUUGAGGUGCCGCCACAACUUUUCCAAACAUAUCCUUUCGAUCCCGGCCAGCGAAACUCCGAUACUGCACACUGUAAGCCUCGACAUUUCAGCUCCUAGUAUCAGAGGCUCUGUCCUUCCAGGCUACGAGCCGAAGACAAUUAUUACCUUCCCUCCAGACAGUCUGGUCACUAGCCCCAGUCUGAGGAUCCUCUCGGUGGAAGACUUUCCAGUCAAGAUCCAGUCUGUACCUGCGCCAUUCGCCAACUUGACAAAACUGCACUUCUGGGGCCGCGUAUUGGGAGCGGAUCCUCCAUUGAUCCCUGUGUAUUUCACUUCAGCUUCGGCCCUUGACAUCCUUGAACUAUGCCCCAACCUCCAGGAAUGUUCGUUGACGAUGGAGGAGCGAUCACAGAGGAAGAACCGCGUGGUGCUCCCGCACUUGCGCACCCUCUUCCUCGAGCAGGAUGGGGAUAUCUCAUUGGAGAUGCUCAUCGACAACAUCGACCUCCCCGCCUUAACCAAUUUGGGCAUCACGAGGUCUGCUUUGCCCUGUGCCGCCAGUCCGGCUCCCGUCGUCAAGUUCCUGCGGAAGUGGGGACAUACCCUGAAGCGCCUCUAUUUCGAUUACCGGGAGGUCACCGCAGAGGAACUCAAGACGUGUUUCGAACUCGGAUCCGGUGUCGAAACGAUGGUCCUGUCCUUCAGCCGCAACCAUAUUCGCAGACACAACAUGUGGCAUGCAGCGCCAUUCAGACACAACGAUCCGGGUUUGAGUGAGCCGGCGCCUGUGUAUUUCACCAACUCGGUGUUGGAGAUGUUGACCCCGAGGGUGGGUGUCGACACUGACAGGGAUGGGGGCCUAAAGACGGAGGUCCUCUGUCCGAAUCUUAGGAUGUUCGACGUUACACUCUCUACGGUCGAGUUUGACGAGAAGGCUCUCCUUCGGUUUGUCCGUGGUCGACGCCACCAGCGAGCACUUGAGACUGGGAUCGCGAGGCUGGAGCGGGUCCGGGUUGGGUUUGCUGUCGGCAUCCCCAAAGAAUACGAAUAUGAUGAUCGCGGUGGUACCUCGAGCGCAAAGCAUGAAUGGGUACCUGCAGGGCGGGAGGAGGAGGAUCGUAAACUUGAUUGGCCUCCGUUGCACAAGUUGAAGCAGGAGGAGCGUGAAGUCGAUCUGGACGGAUUGAAAGUGGGUGUUACGUGGGGACACGAUGUUCAGAGGUGCUGCGAUUUUAAUGGGAGGCCGCGGAGGUCUGGUGUGGACGCGAUUUGGGAUCCUGAGUAUGGUGUUACUGUUGCCAUUGCCAGGUUGGAUCCGGCUGUGUAUUGUGUUUGA